GCCUACCACCAACGUUGUCGCUCGUCCCCAGACGCUACGGCGCAGCAAUACCACACAGCUUCUAUUGAUAUCUUGUAAAACACUGAGGCAUAUUUGAGGCAGCGUUUCUUAAUUCCUUGCUAGCAGAGUUCAAAUGCUCUCCGCUCCAUCCCUCAACCAAGAAAAUUCGUCUGGCACGACAAAAUAUAAGACAUCACCGUCGGUAUGCCAUGGGACGCAGGACACCGGGCCCAUAGUAAUGACUACCCGGACGGAAGAUGGUGGAUUUUCUACAACAGAAGGCACACUCCACGUUUCGAAGCCAUUCCGGUCAAGAUCGACGAAGAAGCUUCGCGCAAUGAUUACAUUUGAACCCAGGAAGACGCACUUUGAUACUACUAAUGAAACUUCUGGCACCAAUGAGUUCAGAGGUUUCUUCACGCUUUUCUGGAUGUCAUUGUUUCUGUUCACACUACAGACUUAUGUCAGUAGCGUUGAAGCUAAUGGUUAUGCUCUGUCGUUCGCUUUCGCGACAAUGUUUUCGCGGCACGCAGUCACGUUAGCACUCAGUGACUUGCUCCUGGUUUCCACCACGAUUUUAUGUGUCCCGUUUGCCAAGGCCAUUAGCAAGGGCUGGAUCAACUACUAUUGGACAGGCGCCAUUCUACAACACGCAUUCCAGACAUGUGUGCUGCUUAUCACAGUCACGUGGACAUUUCAUAGACAAUGGCCCUGGGUCCAAUCCGGCUUCCUCACUCUCCACUCACUUGUCAUGAUCAUGAAGAUGUACUCUUACAUUUCCGUGAAUGGCUACCUCCAAUCGAUUUCUAGACGCUCGAUUGGUGUUCUUGCAGAGCUCAAUGGUGCUACAGUCCGCGUUGGAGGUCUGGAACAGGCGUUGCGUGACGCAAUGUCGAAGAGGGCACAGGCACAGGCGGCUUCCCAAUCAGCCGAGACUCCGGUUACCGAUGUCACAUCAACGCCGAUGGAAAUGUCCACCCCCGACACCGAGGGAGUAUUGAUGAAGUCGUACACGGAUGCGAAGACUGCUGCUGCAUUGAGGCAACGGCUUGCUGCCGUCUCUAGCAGUUUGGAUGAGAAUACAAAGUCAGAACGGGGUGCAGUCAAUGGAAAUGGGCGCGGAACUGAUGGAGUUGAGAUUGCGAGUGUUCUUUCGUACCAUCCGGAUGAGCACGUCGCAGGUCUAGCAAAGGAAUUCCUGGACUUGGACUCGGAGCUAGUGAGUACGGGCCCGGAACAAGUGCGUUGGCCCGAUAACGUCACGUACCGGAAUUUUGCGGUCUAUCAAUUGAUCCCAACCUUGGUAUACGAGCUCGAAUACCCAAGAACCGACCGAAUACGGCCGGUGUACAUUUUUGAAAAGACAGUUGCGUUCAUGGGUUCAUUUGCGCUGCUAUAUACAGUCGCGGAAUGUUUCAUCAUACCGCUUACCCCUACGCCGGAUCAAUCGUUUUUCCGCUCACUCCUUGACCUUGCAUUGCCAUUCAUGAUUGCCUUUCUGCUUCUGUUUUAUAUCAUAUUUGAAUGUAUAUGUAAUGCGUUCGCUGAGCUGUCCUACUUUGCCGAUCGCCUGUUCUAUGAGGACUGGUGGAACUCUACUUCUUGGGAGGAAUUCUCACGUAAAUGGAACAAACCGGUGCAUAGUUUUCUUCUUCGGCAUGUGUAUGCUUCAACACGCGCCUCGUAUGGCCUAUCGCGCACCACAGCGAUGUUUGUCACAUUUUUUCUCAGCGCCAUGGCGCAUGAGCUGGUUAUGGCGAUUGUGACGAAAAAGAUUCGCAUGUACCUAUUCCUGAUGCAACUCGUCCAGAUCCCAUUGAUCUUGGUGAGCAGGGCACCAGUGAUCCAGCGCAACAAGCUCAUGGGGAACGUGGUGUUUUGGGUGGGACUCUAUGCUGGCUUCCCACUGCUGUGCGUUGCGUAUGUUGCAUAUUAAGGAUGCGACGGUGGAGAAGGAGAACGAUCCAUACACGAACAGAAGAACAGACAUCUGGAGUUAUCAAGGCGGAUUUCUUCGCUACCGUAAAUUACUAUGCAUGUGUAAUUUAAUAUCGAGUAUGCAAUGCAUUCUGAACUCUGAUAACAUUCAA